AAACUCCCAUAAAAACAUGCAAACUUUCCCGGGUGGGUGAUGAUGCGGUGCUUCAAUGUUGUUGGUUUUUCUACUGUGAUGUAAAAGAUCCAAACUUUCUCUCUCAAACUCUGAUUCUCUCACUCAAUUCAUUAGGGUUUCACAGGGUUUUGGGUUGUUGGAAUUUCGAUUGUGUGAGUUUUCGUGUGGGGAGUAACUGAAAUUUGUAAAUUGGGAAUUGGGGGUUUGAGUUUGGUGGGGGGGUUUUAGGGUGUUAGAUGGCGAGUUCUGCGUUUGAGUUGGAUGAUCAGACGGAUGAGGAUUUCUUUGACAAGUUGAUUGAUGAUGAGGACAUUGAUUUUUCGGCCUAUGGGAAGAGCUCUGUAGCAACAAAAGUUGAGCUUAAUGUGGUGAAAGAGGUUUCCAAGUUGAGUGUUACGGAUGCUGGUUCUAGUGGCAGCAUUGGUUCUCAGGGUGGUGGUGAGUUGGGUGGGAAAGACGGCAGUGUGUUGGAGCCAUCGGAUCCAAAGGAGGACUCUUUGACUAGUGCAUUGGUGGCCAAAGGGGAGGAAGGUGUAGUGGAUGGUAGAGUGAGUACGAGUGUUGUAUCGGUUGAUAGUGAAUUGGGUCCUGUGGAUGGGAGUAAUGGUCAAUUGGGGCGCGGCAAUGAGGUUGUGAUAGCGUCGUUGGAACAGCACCAGGAUCCUGUGGUCGGUGAAGGAAGAAAGUUAUCGGUGCUGUUAAAUAGUGAUGAGGCAGUGGAGGAUAAAGCUAGUAAUGUGGCUAGUGCAUUGGAGGGUGAAGGGGAGGAAAGUGCAGUAGAUGGUACGGUUAGUAAGAGUGUGGUGCCAGAGGGUACAGGGGUCAAAGUAGUUCAAUGGAGUUCGUUUAACUCAGAUCCUUCUAGUGGUGGUGGAUUUGGGUCGUACUCGGAUUUUUUCAGUGAAGUUGCCGAUAAUUCAGAAGACCCAUUUGCGAAUUUGGGUAAUACUGACCAAGUUAAUGGUGUUUUGGUAAACUCAGUUUCUGCAUUCGGUCAUUCUAGCUAUGGGCAGCAUCAAGAAGAUCCAUUUGCAAAUUUGGGCAAUGCAGGUGAAUUUGGGGCCACAUCUGUUUUGACUAAUGGUGUUCUGGAAAAUACUGUUUCUGGUUUCCAAACGUCUAGCUAUGGCCAGCAUCAUGAAGACCCAUUUGCAAUUUUGGGUAAUGUAAACCAAACAGGGGCCAAACCUGCAAUGACUAAUGGUGUUCAGCAAAACUUGGUUUCUGGUUUGGAUGCUUCUAUCUAUGGGAAGCAUCAAGAAGAUCCAUUUGCAAAUUUGGGUAACAUAGACCAGUCUGGCACUGAAUAUUAUGUGGGUAAUGGUGUUCCGGAGAGCUCAGUUUCUGGUUACGGUACUUCUGGCUAUGGGCAGCAUCAAGAAGGUCAAUUCUAUGGGGCUUCUGAAAAUCAAAACUUAGACGGGCAAGAAUUAAAUACUAGUCAGAAUUGGGAAAACCUCUAUCCCGGAUGGAGGUAUGAUCCAAAUACUGAGCAGUGGUAUCCAUUGGAGGGUAAUGAUAUGAAUGUAAGUGGAAUUGCAGAUGUGAACAACAAUGCAAAUGCUCAGAAGAGUAUUAACGUAAAUUCUCAGUCUGUAGAUGCUUCUUAUUUCCAGCAAGCAGUGCAGACUGUUUCCAAAAGUGUGGUUGAGGCAUCUGAAACUGGCACAGUUGUUAAUUGGAAUCAGCAUUCUCAUGGGAACCCAGAAUACCCUGCACAUAUGGUUUUUGAUCCCAAUUACCCUGGCUAUUACUAUGACACAAAUAUCCAACAAUGGAGGGAGUUGGAAUCUUAUGUUCCAGCAAUUGAUCAAUCAACAACUGUGGUUCAUAAUCAGCAAUAUCAUGAUACAAAUGUAGAGAAUCAUGGAUCACAGAAUCCAAAUUGGGAUAUAGCUACUAGCUUUUAUGAUCAGCAAAAUACGAGUACCUGGCAUGCUGAGAAUGUUGCCAAGAGUGACACUAUUGGUUUUACUGAGAAACAGCAAUAUAACAAUACAGAUGCUGACAACCAUGGAUCACAGAGUUCGAACGUUCAACCAAGUGUUCCAAACUGGGAUGGAUCUAUGACAGCCUCUGAUCAGCAAAAUACGAGUCUAUGGCAUGCUCAGCACAAUACUGAGAAACUGCCAUACUUGGACCGGAAAAUUUCAACUGAGCAUGCAUUUAAUUCUGUGAAUCGACAAACAGGGUUCAAUCCUUCUGGAUCUAUUGCUCUUCAUCAAGACCUAAGUCAGGGCAAUGAUAUUAGUAGUGCGAUUAGUGGCUUUGAUCCUGCCAACUUUUCUCAGCCUCAGGAUCAAGCCAAGGUGCCAAACCAAGUGAUGCAUUUCUCACCCGCUAACUUUGUUAGUCAGACACCAGCACCAUUUUUUCAGCAGCCACUACAGAAUGGACCUCUGUAUUCACACGAGGUUAGAGACGGGAGGUCAUCUGCUGGACGACCUGCACAUGCUCUGGUUACAUUUGGAUUUGGUGGGAAACUUAUAGUAAUGAAAAAUCAUAGUUCAUUUCAUGCAAACCAGACGUAUGGAAGCCAGGGGUCUGCAGAAGGUGUCAUUAACGUUCUCAAUCUGAUGGAUGUUGUCAAGGAGAAAAAUGAGGCUGCAAACUUUGGAACUGAUGGUUGUGAUUAUUUCAGUGCCUUGUGCCAGCAAUCUUUUCCUGGACCUUUAGUUGGUGGGAAUGUCGGAAAUAAGGAAUUAAACAAAUGGAUUGAUGAAAAAAUUGCAAAUUGUGGAACUCCUCACUUGGAUUUCAAGGAAGGGGAGCAUUUGAGAUUGCUUUUCUCUGUACUGAAAAUAUCUUGGCAAUUUUAUGGAAAACUUCGAUCUCCCUUUGGUAGUGAUCAAAGAUUGAAGGAAAUUGAUAGUCCAGAAUCAGCUCUUGCUAAACUUUUUGCGUCUGCUAAAAGUAGUAAUGAGUAUGGUACUCUUACACGGUGCAUGCAUAAUUUGCCUUCUGAAGCACAGGUUCAGGCUACUGCUCUUGAAGUGCAAAAGCUUCUUGUCGCUGGGAGAAAGCAUGAGGCUUUACAAUACGCACAAGAAGGUCAAUUGUGGGGACCAGCACUUGUUAUUGCAUCUCAACUUGGUGAUCAGUUUUAUUGUGAUACUGUGAAGCAUAUGGCUCUAACCCAGUUGGUAGCCGGAUCACCAUUGCGAACGUUGUGCUUGCUAAUUGCCAGGCAGCCGGCAGAUGUGUUUUCCGAUGCUACUGCAAAUAGCAGUUUUCCUAUUAUCAAAAAUGUGUUGCAUCAGCAUGAACAGGUUGGAGCUAAUUACAUGUUAGAUGACUGGGAAGAAAAUCUGGCCAUCUUAACUGCAAAUAGAACGAAGGAUGACGAGCUUGUUAUCAUCCAUCUUGGAGAUUCUUUAUGGAAGGAUAGGGGACAGAUAACUGCUGCACACAUAUGUUAUUUAGUUGCAGAAGCCAGCCUUGAGCAAUAUUCAAACAGUUCAAGACUGUGUCUUAUUGGUGCUGAUCAUUGGAAGUUUCCACGAACAUAUGCCAGUCCGGAGGCUAUUCAGAGGACAGAGCUGUAUGAAUAUUCAAAGGUAGUUGGAAAUCCUCAGUUUCUUCUACUACCAUUUCAGCCGUAUAAGCUUAUUUAUGCCCACAUGCUGGCUGAAGUAGGCAAACUUGCUGAUGCGUUGAAAUAUUGCCAAGCAAUUUCAAAGACUUUAAAAACUGGUCGAACAGCUGAGGUGGACAUAUGGAGAGAGUUAGUGUCGUCUCUGGAAGAGCGGAUAAGAGCCCACCAGCAGAGUGGUUAUAGCAUAAAUUUGGCUCCAACCAAAUUGAUGGGUAAAUUGCGUACAUUCAUUGAUACUACUGCUCAUCGUGUUGUUGGAGGCCUACCUCCACCAGUACCAGCAACAGCACCGGGCUUUGCUCAGCUUAAUGAACAUGCUCAUCAACCAGUAUAUCCAAAUGUAGCCACCAGUCCGUCAACAAUGGUUAUGCCUUCAGCAUCAAAGCCAGUAUAUCCAAAUCUAACCACCAGUCCAUCAACAAUGGUUAUGCCUUCAGCAUCAAUGCCAGUAUAUCCAAAUGUAACCACCAGUCCAUCAACAAUGGUUAUGCCUUCGUUAAUGCCUUCAGCAUCAAUGGAGCCAAUAAGCGAAAGGACUUCUGAGAGCAACCAACUGAAUAUGCCCAACAGAAGCAUUUCAGAGCCAGACUUUGGUAAAAGCCCUAGUAAGGUUGAUUCUUCCAAGACAGUGGACUCCUCUAAAACCCCACAAAAAACAUCAGCAUCCGGCAGAUCACGUUUUGGUUUUGGGUCACAGAUAUUUCAAAAGACUCUAGGACUGGUCAUAAGAUCCCGGACAGAUAAGCAGGCUAAAUUGGGUGAAACAAAUAAGUUUUACUAUGAUGAAAAACUCAAGCGUUGGGUUGAAGAAGGUGCUGAACCUCCAGCCGAGGAAGCAGCCUUACCAUCACCUCCGCCAACAACUGCAGCUAUCCAGAAUAGGAUGCAAGAUUACAAUGUGAAUGAUGCGCUGAAAAGCACUAGUUUCCCUGCAGGUGGCGGGCCGGAAAUUAAAAGCCCUGCAUCUUUGAGUUCAGGGGGACCACCAGUUGCACCCGGUUCAAACCAGUUCUCUUCGCGUGGGCGUACGGGUGUUCGCUCGAGGUAUGUUGAUACAUUCAACAAAGGCGGUGCGACCCCAGGUAACUUAUUUCAGCCGCCAUCUCUUCCAGCUGCUAAACCAGGGAGUGGUUCCAAUCCCAAGUUUUUCAUCCCGAGUCCAGUAACUUCCUAUCAGGAAUCAGUUCAAACAACUGGAGAAAGCACACAAGAAUCUUUUGUGACCAACAACAAUCCUCCAAAUUCAGUAGACACGUUCUCUACCCCGCCAGCCUCAACACCGUCAUCAAUGAUCAGUGCUACGAAAUCUUUAGAUACAUUCUCUACCCUGCCAGCCACAACACCAUCGUUGAUGACCAUGCAACGGUUUCCUAGCAUGGAUCACAUUGUACAAAAGAGAGGAGGAGAAUUGGCAAAUGGCAGUAGCUUUGUUCCACCUGAAUCUCGUCGUGUGGCAUCAUGGAGUGGCAGCCUUAGUGAAGCAAGCAAUCCUUCGAUAAGGGGUGAAACAAAACCAACAGCAGUAGGUAUGUCCCCAUUGUCGUAUAUGCCUAGUGUUACUCCACCAAUGCAGUUUCAAAGAAGCAGUGGUAGUUUUGGGGAUGACCUUCAAGAAGUUGAACUAUAAGUUAUUAGGGACUAGUUCAUAAAUAUAUAGAGCAUUGCAUCAGGGAUGCCCCCUUUAAUCCCAUUAGACGACUUUUACUUGUAUACCCAAAAUCCAACAGUUAGUUUGGAUGACCAAUUUCGCUUUUCAGCGGACGGAGCUUGUUCUCUGAAAGCAGAAAGGUUGUGAUGGCAUUCAUGUACAGGCCAACAGAUUACCCCAAGUAAAAAAACAGAGGGGGUCCUGAAGGCUAUAAGCCAAGCAAGCAGCUUUUGUACCAAUGUCUCCAGGGAAAUUUGCAAAUAUAAGUUAUACCAUUUAUCUCAUUUACAGUUCUA